AGACUGAAGACUAACAAAGUUAAAUAUGAAAACUGAUAUGUGGAACAUUUUCAUUAUAUCCAUAACGGUGUUUACAUAUCAUCGAUCUGCAGAAGGACAGGCUGAGGGUGUCUUACGACUGAUGGAUGGUUCUCAUUCAAAGGAGGGGAGACUAGAAAUAUUUCAUAAUGGCAUAUGGGGCAGUGUCUGUGACGAUAUCUUUGGACAACCAGACGCAACUGUUGCGUGUAGACAGCUUGGUUUUCGGUGUUUAUCGGAUGUGCAGGUAUAUACAGAAGGAGGAUUUACAACAUCCAAGAUUUGGAUGGAUGAUGUGAGAUGUAAUGGACAUGAAUCUUCUCUAAAAUCUUGCUCGUUUGGCGGAUGGGGGACACAUAACUGUGGUACAGGAGAAAAUGUAGGCAUUCGAUGCUAUGGUGGAUGUGCAGGAGAUUUGUGGUUAAUUGGAGGAAACAGUUAUGGUCGUUUACACAUUUAUCACAGUGGAUCAUGGGGUACUAUUUGCGAUGACAAUUUUGGCUCCCAGGAUGCACUAGUAGUCUGCAAGCAACUGUUAUUGUGCCAGUCUGUAGGGAAAGAUAUCAGAACAUCACAACCAGCAAAUGUUGCGGCUUCUCAUGAGAAAAUGAAUAAGAUAUGA